GCAGGAACACUGGAAUCCAAGGUCCAGUCGGAGAUCUCAUCACAAGGGGGAGGUAAUGGUCACGGGGGCACCCGGGGCUCCCCCCAUGGAGUCAUUGUGACUGGAGACAGAGGAGAAGGUGGGGGAGGUGGAGGAGGAGGCGUGGGUUACCAGUAUCCUUACACCACCCUCUGCAAACCUCCUCCAGAUGCCAACAUGGUGGACUGGGCCAGUAAGAACCUGAACCAGCACACUCAGGGCCUGUUCCGCCGCCGUGUAUCCAUCGCCAACAUGCUCUCCUGGAACAGAGGCUCCAUUAAGAAGCCCAUGCUGAUCACCAGCGACCGUGCCGUCAAGAAGGAGGCCUGUGAGAUGUUCAAACUGGUCCAGGCCUACAUGGGGGACCGUCCGGCCCGGCUGGAGCGCCGUCACGCUGCCCUGCUGGUGGUCACUAAGUGCUGGGGCAUGCAGGGCCUGAGGGACGAGUUGUACAUCCAGCUGGUCAGACAGACCACUGACAACCUGAGCCUGAGAAGCCUGGAGGCCGGCUGGGAACUCAUGGCCAUCAGCCUGGCCUUCUUCUCCCCCUCGCCCAAGUUCAGACGCUACCUGGAGGGUUACAUCCAGAGACACCUGGAGCCCUCCAACGACAAGAAGAGUGAGUGGCAACUCUGCUUCUAUUGAUAAAAUGCUUUUUUUUCUGUUUAUAUAAAUCUAUGAAUGUUUUUCUGUGUUUACCAUGGGUUGUGGGUGGUGAAGGUUGUUGUUUCCUGUAGCUGGUGGUUUUGGUGUUUUGGGGGUAAAUACGAUUUGUUUGAUUAGACUAGGGUGCAUCCAGAGGUGUGUUUAUGUUUCCGGUAUUCCCGUGUGGUCAAAAACAGCCAGUUGAUAUUGGUUUUCCAGCUAUUAUUAUCUGGGAUUCAGGCCAAAUCAAACAGGAUGCAGCACUGGAAAAGUGAGAAAAAGGAGGGGGAGUAAGGUCAAAGUUGAGAGAGCCCAGCACAAAACACCAUCAUCUGUUUUUCAGAUCUAGACACUAAGAAGAGUUAUUGCGAUAAAUCUUUAAUCAAAGAACGUUUUCACUUGCUGUCUUCUUCGCCACUUACAGUCAUGCAGCACAUUAUGGAACAACAGGACAUGAAGAACAAGAAGAACUCAAAGUCCCGGAAGAAGAGGAAACAGAACAAUGAGGAGGAAGAAGAGGAGGGUGAGUUUCACUACGGCAAUUCAUUCUCAAAAUUGAGAGGGAGGAUUAACCCCACAGUGUCACCCUCUUAGACCCGACACACUCACAGAAGAGAUGAACGAUGUCUCUUUCUAUAUGAGAUUGAUCAUUGAAGGUAAUGCACACAUUUGCAUCAGCACUACACUCUUUAAAUGAGAGUAGCAGAACCACACAAAGGAGCCUUGAGAUCCAAGAGCCAGGGUAUCCUGUUUCCCUCUAUGCUGUAUCUCUGUGGCCCAGCUGAGCAGGUUGGCACACACACUGCCAGUCAGGGAUUAGCAGGCAGAUAGCCAUGUUAUAUGGGGUGAUCCUUCCUGGCCCUGUCUCCUCCUAACCCUCUGGCCUAAAGAACAUUAGUGAUGCUGUCUAGGCCAUGGUUGAGGGUAGCUCUCUUUAGAGCAAGAGGAGACACCACCUACCUAUAGAAAAUACUAAAUGUCCUCACAUAUAGCAGAAGUAUAAGUAAACAGUAGCUGUUUGUUACAAAGUAGCUGUUGGGUGAGUGUGCUUCCUACCACAAACCACUGCUACUUUCAUUGUGCCCAUGUAAUUGCUCUACAGCUAGGGGCAUGCUCAGGAUGGUCAGUCAGUGACAUUCUCUGACUCACUCCAGCUCUCUGUGUGUCAUGCCAUUCGAGGCCGUUUGAUUCUGCGGAUUCAUUUGACCAAUCAGAUGGCUCCUCACAGCUGCGUCCCAGCAUCCUGGCUGGUCUCAUGAUGCAGCAUUCUGCCCCGAGGCCAAACACAUCGCGUCUCCCACACCAAGACCCAGCCUCAGACACCAGACCACAUCAUACAGUCAUCCCCAGCACUGCUACCAGCUGUACUAGUACUGUGACAGAGAGAGUCGACUCACUGCACUACCUCAUUAAAGAGACUAUAGAGCAUGGGAGAGGUGAGGAGAAUUGAGAUUGUUGUUGACUCACUCCCUGCACUGCAGUAGAAACCAGUUAGUCAUAUUCUACAUCCGCUUUGAAGUGUUUGCAUCGAGGACAUAGGACCUACUGUCUGUGGGAGACUGUUUGUUUGUACUGGAGCGUUGGGCGAUCCACACUCUUUUAUAGAUAUGGGGCACUGGACAGAUGAUCCAGCUUCAUGUGAUCCAGACCCCAGUCUACGACAGAGGCCCCAUGAUAUGGCUCGAGUCCAGGUAGGGAUGAAGGGGGGAGGGGUUUGAUGGGGAUGGUCGUUGGAAUGUCUUGAAGGGAGGGAGGGGGCAUCUUUAUGGGCCUCACCAGCUGCCUCUCUGGGCCCAGGCUGCUGAGUGGGCAUUGUUCUGGGCAGCAGUUUGGGCCCUUAGGUCCAGCUCUUCAUCAAAACAAGAGAAAGAGAGCGUAGAAGGUUUGUUUAGGUAGUGCCCGACCUCUCUGUGGUAUGUUUAAGAGCGUGUGGCUGACAAUGGGGCUGGACCAAAGGCCUCAGACAGGCUGGGGAGGCCUGGGCAGCCAGGCAUUGCGGUGGCAGCAGUGGGCUGUCCUGGGAAAGAAACAGUGGGUCAGCCCAGUUAAGCUCCCAGUAAAAGGGGAGCGUGGGCCAUAGGAGUGGGGUGGCUGGGGCCUCUUCUCCUCUCUGUGGAGGAUUAAAGGUUGGCCGUUACACCACCACCUAUUUGUAUGCAAAUACUCUCUUUAUGUUUUCUCUAUCUUUUUUUCUCUGGCCCUGGCUGUCCCUGUUUAGCGUUGGAUCGGUGGAUCCCAUUGGACACUAAGCUGAGGCUCAGGCCACAGACACAAAAACAAACAGGCUGCUAGUGGAGAGUAAUGAAGAGACCAUUGCUCUUUUAUGUCACCUGCUUUAUAGAUGCCCCCCAUCCCCCACAUCUAUUUCUCCCUUUGUCUUUUAAGCAUACAAACAUUCACAUUCAUGGACACAGAUUCAUACACACACAUCCAUGUAGCCCCCGCUCUCUCUGUCUUCUUGUUGUACUAUACAGGAAUUACGCCCCCAGGUGGUGUAAAGCCAACACAGGACAUUCUCUUUUAGAACUAUGGGUCUUAACAGUGGUGUUCAUACCAGCUAGCCCUCUACCCUGCCUGGGUUAUCUGCCUCAGUAAUAUCACCUGACACAGAGGGGAAAUCAGUCCACCGCUCCCACAUGCUUGUCAUUCCAACACUAACACAAGACAGGAGAAGGACGGAAUGCUCAGGAAGAAGGAGAAAGGAUGAGGAGUAUGCCACAGCAACAAUCAGAGGAAAGGAAAAUACAUUUAAGAUUGGAAGGGGCAGAGGAGAGAAGUGAGGAGAGAACCCACUGGGCAAAAACUGGUUGAAUCAAAGUUGUUUCCACGUCAUUUCAACAAAAAAAUUCAGUGUGAUGACGUUGAAUCAAUAUGGAAAAUGUAUUGGAUUUGCAAGUCAUCAUCAAUGUAAGGGAAUUUUGUCUUUUUUUCACCCAACUAUUUGCCUAAAUCCAAUGAGAGGGUGCAUUUUUUUGUUGAUUUCACGCUGAAUUCACGUUAGCUGACAACUCAACCAAAUGUCAAUCAAAACUGUGCCCAGUGGGAAGUGAAUAAAAGAGGAUGAGAGGAGAAGAGAAGACGAGGGAUCUGAAGAGAAUAAUGUAGGGAAGAAUGAAAGGAACAGAGAUUGUAGCAGGUGUGCCCAGCAGCAGUGGUCCUGAGCCAGAGCCAUGGCAGUCCUCAGCAGCACAGGGCCUUGUGAAACAACUGCCCUGCCUCUUAAAUGUGUUUUUACAGACAGAUAAAAGAGAACUUCUCUUAAAACAACUCCUAUACAACUUUCCUCUUCUCAUUUUCUGUUACAAAGCACUCCAUGCACUAUGUUUGAACAUCUUGACAACACUGUAAACAUCUUGACGACACGGCUAGAAGAGGAGAAGUUAAAGGGUUUGUUCUGGACUGAGGUCAUCAGGUUUGUCCUGUCUGACCCGUCACCUCUCUGACUAUCCCUGUUGAGGCCUGCUUGGCCAUGUGCCCUCACAGCUGUGCUCUGAGGUGAAUGACCCAGUAGUAUGAACUCUGGUGUCUGCUCUUCUAAAACGAUACAGUGCUAUAGUAACAGUAGGGCCUGGUCGGGCUGAUGAAGGUUCGCCCUGGGUCAUAGUAUACCCAUUUCUCCCCCUCUCCCAAUUUGAGUCCCCGAACCUUUCCCCUUUCUUUUUCCAUGAGGACCCUAUGAUAUAUUUGCACCCCUCUCUCUUUGUUGUUUCAUGGAGCCGUGAUUUAAUUACUUUUCCUCAGCAUUGAAAUCCAUCUCAUUUCCGUCUUGGGUGAGGAGAAAGAACAAAGUCCCCCCCUCUGCCUCCUGAAAUCAACACCAUGUCAGUUCUGUGUGAUUUUUACAUUUACAUUUUAGUCAUUUAGCAGACGCUCUUAUCCAGAGCGACUUACAGUUAGUGAAUACAUAUAUAUAUAUUUGUGUCUUUUUUUUUUUUUUUUUUUUUUUUUUCUGCUGAUUCAUUCGAUUUAUGAUAGAAGACAAUAAUCACAAAACCUUUUUGAAGCGUCAUGUUCUCGUGGUCUCUCAAAACACAUCUCAGCUACCGUCAGCCAAAACUGCUGCGGCUGUUUUGUUGCAGAGGACAUGCUUUCACCUGUUUGCCAUAAAUAUGUGUCAUGUGAAUGUUUCAAUACCAGGGUCUGCAGCCAAGAUGGAUUUUGGUUCUCACAGUUAGGACAAAAUGUUUAGGCCAAUGCCUCAGUCGCUCAUUCUAUGCAGCCUUAAUAUUGUUAUAUGGGUCUGAUAUACAAUAGUAGUAUUUACAGUAAAGAAAAUAGAAGCAAUUGAUGAACAAGUAAAAAUGCAGUUUCAAUAAUUAUAGUAGCAAUAGUGCAUUAAUAACAGCAGCAGUGAUAACUGUAAUAGUAAUACUUAGCACUAGUAAUAGUUAAGCGUUCAGUGUUUGAUGUUUUGGUGGCUUUAACCUUGAAGUACAGCUGCUCCCUACAGCCCUAUAGGCUGGGUAAUAGUACACCAUGCUGGCCGUGCAGGAUUUUCCUGGAAUGUGCAGAGCUGAGAUCCAAAAGGCCCUGCGGUGGACAAAUUUGGUUUUGAUGAUUCAUUGGUAACAAGAUCUGUCGGUGGGGUUUUAUCACCCCUUUGUGUUACUCCAAACUGUGUUACUCCAAACGCCAAACUCAAAAUAAAACAGCCUCAACACUGAGGACGCUGACAUGCAGGCAGAUAGAAAACAGCAACAGAUUGUAUUACCGCCUCAGGAUUGGUCAGUAAUGGUGUCUGUCAUCUCCCCUCUCUCCAGGCCUGCCAAUCAGCACUUAUGCCAAGUACUGCUACCGCAAGCUGCAGAAGGUCGCCGUGACUGGGGUCAAAAAGGUAAGAAGGUCAUCCUAAAGCACUAUUAAAAGGUCCAGGGAGGGGAGGUAAGGAUGUCAUACAAGGACAGAGGGAGUUGCUCCAUCUCACUGCUUGACUGGAUUGAGAUUUAAUUUCCAAACCUUCUGCUGCAGUUUUAUACUCUAAUGAUCUGAAAUGAUAUUGGGACUCCAACUCUCCCAGCAGACAAAGAGAAGUGGAACAUUUCUAUUGUUCUAAUGAGUCAGUGUUGCCCCUGAGGUUAGUGUCGGCCGUGAAGCGUGGCACUGACUGAAGCAUUCUGGGAGCUCUCACAUAUGUUAGCAAUCAUCGCACUGAGCCCUUAGGAGUCCUCAACAAAAUAGGCACUAAUCUGUAAACCCAAACUGAGGCGGGGGAGUUACGACAACCUUUUAGCCCCCCUCUGUCAUCCGCUCUCUCCCCAUCCACACUGGACACGUGGAGCUAAAGAGGGGGUUCAAAUCUGAGCUCGCACCCCCCAACCAACCCUCCAUCAGUGGAGCAACAGUCUCCCAACCUCCACCCUGUCCUCUGCUGUGUCCCACCCUGUAAUCAGCUUGCCCACAGCCAGCCCACUGCAGCCUUACUGCAGCCCCAGGCCAGGCACUUUUACUGGGGGCUAUAUUUAACCCGCUGAGCUGCUGAGAUGGAAUCUGGGCUUUAAACAUGGCUGGGUAUCUCCUUCUACUGUAUACAAGGGACCUAACCUACAGUUCAGCUGUGAUUACAGUAGGGAAGUUACAGAAGUGUGAGAGACUCCAAGUGGGCCUCAAGUAGCUUACCUAGAUAAUUGGCAAGGGACAGCAUUCAACCAGUUCUAAGCUUAAUCAAUAGACUUGUGGUUCUAGAGCUGUGCUUAGGGUCAGGUCCUGUCUUCAGAAGACUCUGUCUUUUUUCCUUCUCACAGGGUCUAAGGAAGCCCACCCUUGAGGAGUUAGACCAGGGGAGGAACGCCAUCGUGACCCCCUCCCUGUUCGGCAGUGCCCUGGAGGAGAUCAUGGAGCGUCAGAGCGAGCGGUUCCCUGAGCGCAGGCUCCCCUGGGUGCAGGUGCAGCUGUCCCAGUACGUCCUGGCCCUGGGAGGGGCCCAGACAGAGGGAAUCUUCAGGUGAGUAGUCACACAACCGCACCAGGCUGGGCUGCAGACAGAAGGGGUGGAAUGAUGGAGGGGGGGGGGCAAUGUUGGUGGAAACUGAUCAACUUAGGGUACCAGAAACGGUCUCUACAGAUGAGGAUCACUCUGAGGUAUGGGGUAAGUAAUGUUAUGGGGGUAAAGAAAGACAGGCGUGCAUCAGGAGAGUAAAUACAGUAUAGCCUAUGUGGCAGACAUGGGAUGCAGAAUAAGGGCCAGAUUCAAUCCGAUCACGUUUUGUCUGCUAUGCACGUUUUAAAGGCAAUCUUCCCGCAUUCAGGGUGACCGCAUUCACGGUAAACGCUGCAUAUGUCGGCUCAAUCGGAAAUUACCUUUAAAUGUCAAUCAAGCUACAUCGCAGAUCUUCCGUGGUCCGGCUUGAAUCUAGGCCUAAGACUGGGUCAGAGGCUUUGCUUCAUCAGUAAGUAGCAGUACAGCCGGGGCUGCUCCUGUUCUGAUUCUCCUGUCCCAGCCCAAGGCCAGCAGCAUUACGGGACAGCCUCAAGCCACGAUCACACCUACAGCGUAAUUGUGCAAAAUAGUACGCAGCAUCAUCUUGAUAUGUGUACAACAAAAGUUAAACAUUCACCUUCUACUACCAUUUCUGUCAAGCAGUCUACGCAUACAAUUUGAUGCAUACGUUCGAUAAAUCCAACAUAUGCAAUUUGUAAGUCGCUAAUUGAUAAGAGCGUCUGCUAAAUGACGAAAAUGUAAAAUGUAAAAAUAUGCGCCACACAGAACGCACUGCAACUGCCUCUGCAAUGCAAUGCUGCAAGGCAAACGCAGCGUUCCAUUGGAAAUGAAUGUACUUCUGGUGUACCAAAACGCAAUGACGCUGUCGGUGUGAUCGAGGCGUCAGACUCCCAUUGGCCGGGAGGGGAGGAAGUUAACCUGAGAUCAGAAGAGAAAGCGCCUAUGUUAAACACUUAAACAAACACAGCAUCUCCUGAGGUGGUAUACUAACUUUGAUGACCAUCCAGAAAUAAUUAUUGACUUUCUAAACUUAGAUAUGUGUUUUUGGUUGUUGAGUCAAUGAGACCAUGCCCAUUUCAAGCUCAUCUUUCUAAUUUUAGAACAUAUAGGCCAGUUGAUCCUGCUUUGUAGUAUACCCCUCAGGUCCUAUGGGCUUUGUUAAACAAACACACCGUCUCGUUAACCUGGGGAGGUUAAUCAUUCACUGACUGGGCUGUGGAGAAGAGGAGAGGACUGCACCCCGUUCUCUCUGACUCAGACCCUCUCCUGGGGCAUCCAUAUAGACGUCUGGAGCUCUGACGCCCCCCCCCCCCCCCCCCCGUCUGGCUCAGACUGAGACUGGGUGGUCAUCCAGAGAGAUGGUAGUUCAAACAAACAUUAAUAUGUUUGACAUUACCAAAUUAUACAAAUUCAGACUAAAUCCCACUCACACAACAAAGAAUGAAAAUCCACCAAAUAAAGCUUUUGCCCUUGUCAUGCUUCAGAUAACAGCAUCCGAUAAUGAAAGAGAUUGUUUUAUGCCUGUGUAAUGUGAAUGUAAAUACAGUGGGUAUAGUUCCCCUUUCUCUGCCAUUCUGUUUGUAUUGGAGUACAUUUAGAGGCGUGUUUAAUCUGCACACUAUCUCUGUAUAAAUUCCUCUUUGGCUAAGUUCUCAUCACACACUGACAGAUUGUGGACUGUAUAUAGAACAAACAGGAGAUUGACGUGAAAAAGUAAUUAUUUUAAGCCAGUUCCCUUUUUGUAACAGUUCUCAUUUUGUCAGGCACAUCUCCCUUCUGUCGGGUGUGUGAUUAGAAAAUGUACAGGAAAUCUACCCUGGCAGUUUAUUUUAAAAACCAUGCUGUGGGAGGAUUGUCUUUAUUUUUGCUUUCUUAUUGAGCUUCAGGGUUGAUUUAUUUUUACUAGACAGGGGUCCCUGUGUCAGGGAUAUGACUGGUGUUGUCCUUGUGGCUCUGUGAUUUUGCUUAGGUUUUUCUCCUUGGCACGAUCAGUCCCCUUGUAACAGAUACCUCCGGACGUGUAGCACUGCUAUGUAUGUCCCUGUCUGCGGACAUGAAAUUACUUUCUCACUAAUUAUAUCUGAGUGAUAUUGUAUAACCAUGUCCAGCUGGGUUCACAUAUCCCUCAUGUGUGGACUAGACCCUGGCAAUGUCCUAAAGUCAUGCCGUGGUUGUCCCUGGGCUGCUUAACGGGGCUGCUGCACCACCUAGUGGGGCUAUGUCACACUCCAAGAACACUAUCAAUACUCUCAUACAAGUAUUUAGUCUCAUUGAAAUAGGAGAUAAAGUUAUUACUUCCAAGUCUCUAGCGGCUGUUGAAACUCUAUCUGCUGUGUGUCUCUUACCUUCAGGGUGCCUGGAGAUAUUGAUGAGGUGAAUGCACUGAAGCUGCAGGUGGAUCAGUGGAAUAUUCCAGAAAACCUUGGCGACCCCAACGUCCCAGGUAAGAAAAAAAUCCCUAUCAUUCCACAAAAAAAAAUGCUCUAUUCCUCCUCUUGGCUGAUGUCUUUCUUGAAUGGAGCAACUAUCUAUUGCCCUUUCUCUAAAACGUGUUGUAAAGGCUGGAAACACUACUGUAUAUUGUACAGGCUGCACACCAUUGUGUAUUGAAGGGAGUGUCUCUCUCUCCUCUAGCGUCUCUGCUGAAGCUGUGGUACAGGGAGCUGGAGGAGCCAGUCAUCCCGCAAAGUUUCUAUAAGCAGUGCAUCAGUAACUAUGAGGAUCCAGAGGCAGCGAUUAGCGUGGUGCAGUCUCUGCCUGAGCUCAGCAGGCUGGUGCUCUGCUACUUCAUACACUUCUUACAGGUAGCCCUCCUACAUAUAGGCCUCUCGUCUACCCUCGCUAACUCUCUCUCUCUUUACAGGUUUAUUUGUCACUUUGUCUGUUUUGUUGUUAUAACUACACUACCAGUCAAAAGUUUGGACACACCUACUCAUUCAAGGGUUUUUCUUUAUUUUUACUAUUUUUUACAUUGUAGAAUAAUAGUGAAGACAUCAAAACUAUGAAAUAACACAUAUGGAAUCAUGUAGUAACCAAAAAAGUGUUAAACAAAAGAAAAUAUAUUUUAGAUUUUAGAUUCUUCAAAGUCGCCACCCUUUGCCUUGAUGACAGCUUUGCACACUCUUGGCAUUCGCUCAACCAGCUUCACCUGGAAUGCUUUUCCAACAGUCUUGAAGCAGUUCCCACAUAUGCUGAGCACUUGUUGGCUGCUUUUCCUUCACUCUGCGGUCUAACUAAUCCCAAACCAUCUCAAUUGGGUUGAGGUCGGGUGAUUGUGGAGGCCAGGUCAUCUGAUGCAGCACUCCAUCACUCUCCUGCUUGGUCAAAUAGCCCUUACACAGCCUGGAGGUGUGUUGGGUCAUUGUCCUGUUGAAAAACAAAUGAUAGUCCCACUAAUCGCAAACCAGAUGGGAUGGCGUGUCGCUGCAGAAUGCUGUGGUAGCCAUGCUGGUUAAGUGUGCCUUGAAUUCUAAAUCAAUCACAGACAGUGUCACCAGCAAAGCACCUCUACACCUCCUCCUCUAUGCUUUAAAGUGGGAAAUACACAUGCGGAGAUCAUCCGUUCACCACACCUCGUCUCACAAAGACACAGUGGUUGGAACCAAAAAUCUCAAAUUUGGACAAAUUUCCACCGGUCUAAUGUCCAUUGCUUGUGUUUCUUGGCCCAAGCAGGUCUCUUCUUCUUAUUGCUGUCCUUUAAUAGUGGUUUCUUUGCAGCAAUUCGUCCAUGAAGGCUUGAUUCACACAGUCCCCUCUGAACAGUUGAUGUUGAGAUGUGUCUGUUACUUGAACUCUGUGAAGCAUUUAUUUGGGCUGCAAUUUCUGAGGCUGGUAACUCUAAUUAACAUCCUCUGCAGCAGAGGUAACUCUGGGUCUUCCAUUCCUGUCGCGGUCCUCAUGAGAGCCAGUUUCAUCAUAGCGCUUGAUGGUUUUUGCGACUGCACUUGAAGAAACUUUCAAAGUUCUUGAAAGUGUCCAUAUUGACAGACCUUCAUGUCUUAAAGUAAAGAUGGACUGUCGUUUCUCUUUGCUUAUUUGAGCUGUUCUUGCCAUAAUAUGGACUUGGUCUUUUUCCAAAUAGGGCUAUCUUCUGUAUACCCCCCCCUAACUUGUCACAACACAACUGAUUGGUUCAAACGCAUUAAGAAGGAAAGAAAUUCCACAAAUUAACUUUUAACAAGGCACACCUGUUAAUUGAAAUGCAUUCCAGGUGGCUACCUCAUGAAGCUGGUUGAGAGAAUGCCAAGAGUGUGCAAAGCUGUCAUCAAGGCAAAGGGUGGCUAUUUGAAGAAUCUUGUUUAACACGCUUUUGGUUACUACAUGAUUCCAUAUGUGUUAUUUCAUCGUUUUGAUGUCUUCACAAUGUAGAAAAUAGUAAAAAAUAAAGAAAAACCCUGGAAUGAGUAGGUGUGUCUAAACUUUUGACUGGUACUGUACAUAAUAACUACAGGUUUAUUAAUAUAAACACAAUUAACAAACACCACAUAAAUGUCGCUGAGCUUCACUUUUGCCCUAAACUCAUCCCCUCGCUCUCCUGCAGGUGUUUGCCCAGCCCGUCAAUGUGAGUAAGACCAAGAUGGACGUGAACAACCUAGCCAUGGUGAUGGCUCCCAACUGUCUCCGCUGCCAGUCGGAUGACCCACGCAUCAUCUUUGAGAACACACGGAAAGAGAUGUCCUUCUUACGCAUGCUCAUUGUUCACCUGGACACCAGCUUCGUCAAGGGCAUCAUCUGA